CGUUGUCAAGAAGGCACGUUUGGCAGAGGUUUUGCCUGGAACUCAGCUGGAACAGUUAGGAGCCGCGUGUGAUUGCUCCUUUAAUGUGGCGUCCUCCUUACUGCCCCCUCCCCAUGGCCCCCCCGGGAAGCAGGUCCUCCAAACUGAAGCUGGGGAAACUAAGGGUGGUGCGACAGCAGCUCCUACAGCGAUACGAGCACCAGCCGUUUAUUUCCUGCCUGGCAGGGCUGUACGGAUGCCAGUGGAGGCGGUACCAGCGCACACGGGCACAGCCGGGAGACUGCUGCUGCAGUAAGCUGGAAUGUGGCUCUUUUAUCCUCGUCAUACUCACAUUCUGUCUCAGUCUGGUUUUCCUCUAUUUCUGGAGCCAAGCACAGAAUGACUACAAUGACUUUGACUGGUUCAACUUUGGGAAUCUGGGCUUCUGGUUUCCGUGGGCCCUGGUUUUGUUGGUCAUUGCUGCGGCAUUUUUCACCUAUAUCACCGUGCUGUUGUUGUUAGCAGUGUGUCUACUUAUGGAAGGACAGAGGCUGUGUCUACACUGGGGUCAUAAGAUCGGGGUUCUGUUGACUUUGGUGUUUUCCGCUGUGGCCACCGCUGUGCUGUCAGACUUAUGGAGCAAAGAGUGGCAGACUCUCCUCUUGUCUUUCCAGGUGACAGCGCCGUAUCUGCAUUUGGGAGGAGUAUUUUUAAUGUCCCUCAUAUCCUGGCCUGUCGCUUUUCAUUUUUUCCGCCUGAACAUGAGAGUGAGACGAAUGGCUGUCCUGCUGCUGUAUGGAGCUGUUCUGUGUGCUCUGUACCUGGUCCCUCUGGGCAUGUACUCUCCCUGUAUUAAGGAGAGGAACACUCUGGGACCACGGCCUACUCUAAUUGGACACCGGGGAGCACCAAUGCUCGCUCCAGAGAACACAUACAUGUCCUUUGAGAAAGUGGUCGAGGCUAGAGGGGAUGGACUGGAAACUGACGUCACCAUUAGUUACGAUGGAGUGCCCUUCCUCAUGCAUGACAAGGACCUGAGAAGGACAACCAACGUGGAGGAUGUGUUCCCUGACCGGGCAAAGACCCCGGCUGCCAUGUUUACCUGGGAGGAACUGGAAAUGCUCAAUGCUGGAUCAUGGUUCUUCUCUCAAGACCCGUUUGGGACGGCAUCCUCCCUUAACCCUGAGCAGAGGUCACGGGCGGCGAAUCAGUCAGUCUGUACACUGAAAGAUUUCCUAGACUUGGCUGCACAGCAUGGGAAACUAGUGAUCUUUGACCUUUAUCGGCCUCCGAGGGGUCAUCCGUACAGAGACACAUGGAUCUUUCGCACUCUGGAGGUCAUCCGGAAUGAGUCGUCCAUCAACUCCAGUCAGGUUUUGUGGUUGCCUCCGGAACUCAGAGAGCUGGUUGAGGAAAUGGAUCCUGACUUUCAGCAGACAUCAGGAAGCAUGGCCUCAGUGGAAGAACUUCAGGAGAACCACAUCGUCAAACUCAACCUUCACUACACCACCAUGUCUGAGCAGCUCAUCAGUAAAUAUGCGUCUGCAAACAUCUCCACUAACCUGUAUGUAGUGAGUGAACCGUGGCUGUAUUCUCUCGCCUGGUGCGCAGGGGCCCAAUCUGUCACUACCAACGCUGUACAAACCCUUACAAAGCUGCCCCGCCCAUUCUUCCUAAUGACACCAGAGGAUUACAUGCUCAUGUGGAUAUUAACAGACAUUGUGUCCUUCAUCCUCAUUCUCAGUGUUUUCGUCUUUCACUGGUGGAGGGAGCGUGGAUUGGCUCUGUGCUAUGAUGGCACUCAGGUUCUUGAAAAUGGAACCUAUGUUCAGUUCAGGACAGAGGCGAAUGACGUGUGGUCCAUAUCCACGGCCAACAGUCACAGACAAACGGAGAACCCAUAUGCCGACGUUAACGUCACAGUCAUCUCUCAGGGGAAGCAGUUUUUGCAAUGAGGCAGGAGGGUUUGAAAGGUCUCAGACUGCCCUUUCGCUCACACUGCAGACCGACGUGCAGUUAUACAGACUGGUAUGGAGCAGCCAGGCAACACCGGGGGUACGCCCGUAACGGCCUGGACUGAGCGCUGUAGGUUUGGGUAUUAAAUGGAGAAAUUUGCGCAAACCUUCAUUACUGUUAGAUCCAAAUCAUGUGCCAUUGUCUGUAGUGUUGGCAGGUGUCACAGUCUCUGGAAAUCAGUGCAACGAACAGGUAUAUGUAAUUGUAACUUAUCGUUUUUACAGAGUUGGUUCUUAACCUGGGGUCUAUGGACGGUCCACAAAUACCAGGGCAAAAAAUUCUCACUGGCAGCAUUAAAAAGCAAGUCACUUAGAGCACAUUGGGGUACAUGCAAUUCAGAGAGAGCUGCUCAAUGAAUCACAAGUUCUGUUAUUUCCCAUUAAUCAAUGCAUUCAAAACUCCAACCUGCCGGAAGAAAUCAUGGCAAGAGCAUAGGGGACAAAAUGUAUGAGCUGAAAAGUGUCUGAAAGACAAUGAGACAGAUUGGCAUGAAUUAGCUUCUGCAGAGUUAGCCAACUGUGUGACCUUAGCCGAGACUGACAGAGCCCUCUGGUAUGUGGUAAGACCCUCGCAUGUCUGAUGUCACCGGCUCCAGACCUUAGGGAUACUGGGACUGGGAUCUUAGGGA